AUGGCUUUCAACGCUACAGUCAAUUUGCCGAACAUACAAUCCGCUACUUCCGACAUCUGGGCGCUGAUGAAUUCUCAUUGGCGCCGUGCCAAUACAGUUUAUAGAGCUCCUUCUACUCGCAGACAGCACACCGAAGCGUCACCGGUAUCGGUCGAACCAUUUUCACUCCAAGAAGCGUUGCGACCGGUACCUCUCGACAAGAUGAGAUCUCAACUCGCGCUGGGUCAGGUAUAUCGAAGGCCUACUUUUGGACAAAACACGUUAAGAACGGCAAGCUUGCUUGUUGGCGCAAGUCAUUCCGCUCACUCUACCCGAAACUAUUCUUCGUUGUCAACUAUCGGUUUCAAAGGAUUUCGAAAGCCAAAUGUACUGUCGGGUCCCAAGGUCCAACAACAGAGGUCGAUUUUUGGAGGACUAUCGCAGAACUUCCUUGCGCAAAAGGAAAGGGCGGCGAAUAGCAAUCCUGGCAGUGCUAAUGCUCAGAACACCUUUUACCAAGCUCUCCUACGCGCAAACAUGCCCGCCAUAAUCGUCGAACGUUAUCGAACCGGUCAAUUUGCCAGUAACGCAGCUACUGAGACCAUCUACCUGAAGGCUCUCCAGCGACUUGGGGGUGACGGCGCAGUUCAAGGCUCAUUUUCUGGCAGCCAAGGAUUGGACUCUGAGCAGCUGCAGUCUGUUGGACAAGCGGUAGCGGCUCGUACUCAUGGUAGUCAGGUUGGCGUGUCAACAAAACAAGCCGGAACUGGCGCAAAAGAGUCUCCAUUAUAUGUCGUUGUCGAGGAAUCCCUAGGCAGCUCUGUCUUUCGCUGGGUGAGAUUCCUUCUCAUCUUUGGCUUCUUUACCUACAUGUCUCUUGUGGUGAUUACUCUCUUGGUUGAAACGACUGGUGUUCUGAAGAACGUCCGAGGAACUCAAACCAACGAAGCUACGCCUCAACAACAAAAGGUCCGUUUCAGCGAUGUGCAUGGUUGCGACGAAGCCAAGGAUGAACUGCAAGAAGUGGUUGAGUUCUUGUUGAACCCAGAACGAUUCUCUACCUUGGGUGGUAAACUUCCCAAAGGUGUUCUCUUGGUUGGACCUCCCGGUACCGGAAAAACGCUACUUGCACGCGCCGUCGCUGGAGAGGCUGGKGUACCUUUCUUUUACAUGUCUGGAUCUGAGUUUGACGAGGUUUACGUUGGCGUUGGCGCUAAGCGCGUACGUGAUCUAUUUACUCAAGCUCGUGCAAAGGCUCCUGCCAUCAUUUUCAUUGAUGAGUUGGACGCCAUUGGCGCUAAGCGAAACGAACGUGAUGCGGCAUAUGUCAAGCAGACUUUGAACCAGCUAUUGACCGAAUUGGACGGCUUUUCUCAAACUAGCGGUGUUAUCAUUCUCGCAGCUACCAACUACCCUCAGCUACUCGACAAGGCUUUGACCCGUCCUGGUCGAUUUGAUCGACGAGUCGUUGUUGGUCUUCCAGAUGUGAGAGGCCGUAUGGAAAUUCUAAAGCAUCACAUGAAAGGUGUACAAACCAGUACCGAUGUCGAUGUUGCGGUUGUCGCACGUGGUACUCCUGGCUUCUCUGGUGCCGACUUGGAGAAUCUCGUAAACCAAGCAGCUGUCCAUGCCAGCCGACACAAACAAGACAGAGUAGGACCAAGGGACUUUGACUGGGCCAAGGAUAAGAUCAUGAUGGGCGCAGAGGCUCGAAGCCGUAUCAUUCAAGAUAAGGACAAACUGCUUACUGCCUACCAUGAAGCCGGUCAUGCCCUUGUUGCUUACUUUUCUCCAUCUGCUACGCCUCUCUAUAAGAUUACCAUUGUUCCUCGUGGUAUGGCGUUAGGUAUCACUCAUUUCUUGCCUGAAAUGGACAUGGUUUCUAGGAAUUAUGUUGAGUAUCUGUCCGAUAUUGAUGUCGCCAUGGGUGGCAAGGCUGCGGAGGAAUUGAUCUUUGGUCCUGACAAUGUGACCAGUGGUAUUUCCGCGGACAUCCAAUCAGCCACAGAGACAGCCUUCACACUUGUCACACAAUUCGGUUAUUCCAAGAAAUUAGGAAACGUCGACUUAUCAACAAACUACGACAAGCUAUCGUCAGAAACAAAACAAGAAAUUGAAGCCGAAAUCAGACGCCUUGUUGAAGAAGGUCGAUCUCGUGCUACCAAGAUUCUGACCGAGAAGCGGAAAGAAUUGGAGCUGCUCACCAAAGCACUCAUAGAAUACGAGACGCUGACUAAAGAGGAAAUGGAGAAGGUUCUCAGAGGCGAGAAACUCGACAAGAUGCAGUCCACACCGUCGGCGCCACUCAAAUUGCCAGAAGCGUUGACUGCGGUGAGACUGAAUCCGAUAACUCAACUUCCUGAGUCCGACACAACGGCGAAAUAG